CGUCUCCGUGUUGUUUACCUGCAGAAGUCGGUGUGCACGGGUCUUGUCGGUAAACUGCGCUGCUUGGUGCUAAAAUAAAUCGUCGUUUCUUUUUUUAAGUCCCAGUUUGGCCUCGUUGCUGCCGACGUUAAACAUGUUGUCUGUGGAAGUUCGUGCUGUGCAGCUCCCAGCCGCAGAGAACCCGCUGAAGGUGGGUAAACCCGCGGCUGCAGGUCUGAGGAGAGCCGCUCUCGGAGAGAUUACCAACUUUCCUCCAGCAGCAGGCAACACAAAGAGGCUGGGACGAGCCAAAGCAUCAGCCAAGCCACUGUGUGCCCAAAAAGCUAAACCCGCUGAGGGCCAGGUGGUGCAUCCAGUAGUCCAGGUCCAAGCACCCGCAGAUCGCCUCCCCCCAGUUUCAGAGGAGUCGGCUGACGUGUCCAUGAAGGAGGAGGAGGAGCUGUGCCAGGCUUUCUCUGAGGCGCUGCUCACGGUGCAGGACGUCGACGAGGAGGACGCAGACCUGCCGCAGCUCUGCUCACAAUAUGUCAAAGAUAUCUAUAAUUAUCUACACGUCCUGGAGGUGCAGCAGGCCGUACGAGCCAACUACAUGCAGGGUUAUGAAAUCACUGAACGCAUGCGAGCUCUUCUGAUCGACUGGCUGGUCCAGGUUCACUCCAGGUUCCAGCUGCUGCAGGAGACUCUGUACCUCACAGUUGCCAUCCUGGAUCGUUUUCUCCAGGUCCAGCCGGUCUCUCGCAGAAAGCUGCAGCUCGUUGGUGUGACUGCCAUGCUGGUGGCCUGUAAAUACGAGGAGAUGUACGCUCCAGAGGUCGGAGACUUCGCCUACAUCACAGACAACGCAUUUACCAAGUCUCAGAUCCUGGAGAUGGAGCAGGUGGUUUUGAGGAGCCUCAAUUUUCAGCUGGGACGUCCUCUUCCAUUACACUUCCUCAGACGGGCUUCCAAGGUGGCUAAUUCUGAUGUAGAGAGACACACGCUGGCCAAGUACCUGAUGGAGUUGACCCUCAUCGACUACGACAUGGUGCACUCGCCCUCCGAGAUCGCCGCUGCUUCCCUGUGUCUCUCCCAGCUGCUGCUUGACGGGCUGCCGUGGUCGGCUACGCAGCAGCACUACUCGACUUAUGACGAGGCUCACCUGAAGCCAAUCAUGCAGCACAUCGCCAAAAAUGUUGUGACGGUAAAUGACGGGAAAACCAAGUUCCAGGCUGUCAAGAACAAGUACUCGAGCAGCAAGCUGAUGAAGAUUUGCCUCAUCCCUCAGCUGAAGUCAUCGAUCGUCAAGAACAUGGCAGCUGCUCUACUCAACAAACCUUGAGGCGGAACUUCUAGGUUUCAUCAGGACAUUUCACUUGCACUUUAUUUUAGAUUGAUUACUGUGGAGAAACUUAAUUAACUUUUUUUUUUUAAUAAAAUGGUUUUUAUAAGCUUUUGA